AUGGAUUGGUGGAUGGCAAGGCUGCAGACAGCGAAAGCAAAGGCGGCUUCUUCCAAGCCUGUGGUGACAACGAGGCCGUCUGCUCUGAGGACAAGGCCGAAGGCUUCGGUUGCCACGCCAGCUUUCGACAAGAGCUUGGUCGCGUCAGGGAUCGACCCAGACUCUGCGGAGGCGAUCUUGGCAGCACUUGGAACUGGUGGGGCUGCGCGCCAGGCCCGGCUCGCUGGCUCUCACGGUGGUUCUGCUCCCUCAGGCCCUACUUUGCCAGUUCCGGCCGCCUUAGACGACGGCUUGGGGAACGAAGUGGGGGAGCCAGUAGUGGAAGAGGAGAGUCAAGAGCGGGGCUUGGCAGAUGCCCUCCUCAAACUUACUGCUGUCCUUUCAGAGCUACACCCUGCAAAGAAGCCUUCUGGUCUCGAAGCAGUGUUGGGCAACCUGGCGGUCACAGCAAGCUCUUCGGACUCCACUGGCGUGUCUGCAGCAAGGCCCUCACGGAAGAACGCUCAGGCUCGCCUUGCGCUGAGGACAGCUCUGCGCGACCAGCCUCUGCACUUUGCGGCGCAUGUCGAGGCCGAGGUGACUCGCAAAGUGGGAGAAAUCGUGCGAGCGAUUUCUGUAGCUGGAUCCGCAACGGCGGUCCCUUACCGGACUUACAUGGAGCACAGAGCUUUUGUGUCAGGCCACCGCCCCACUCAACAAUGGUUGUGGAUCCUCUCAGGAAUUGGAGAGGCGCUGACUGCUGGCAGGCUGGAAGAAGCCAGGGCGAGAGUAGCACUUGGCGUGGUGUACGGAGGGCAAGUUUGUCUGGACGGAGGCCAUUCUGCAAUGGCUGGAGAGCUUUUGUUCGAAGAU